AUGGGACUGCUUGUCGACGGCAAGUUCAGCCAGGAGAACGCGGUAAAGAUCAUGAAGGAGAAGCUGGAGGAGAAGCCAGACGAAAUCGAGAAGCACAUGCAGCUCAUCGAGAAGUGCAACGACGAAGUUGCGUCCCACGACAACAAGUGCGAAACGGGCCCCAAACUGCUGGAGUGCUUCAAGACCUUUGCCCCGGGCUGCUUCGUUGGCUGCUUGUUCGAGGAAGUUGGAAUGCUGAACGGCGGCAGCUUCAACCGCGCCACCACGGAAGCGCUGGCCAGAGCCAAGCUGCAGGAGAAACCGGAGGAGCUCGACAAGUACAUGCAGCUCAUCGAGAAGUGCAGCGACGAAGUGGCAUCACAUGAUAACAACUUGGCAUCGUUUUGGCUGGAUCGGCAUAAGAAGGAGAAAGAAGAGACUUUGGCACAUCCAGAAGACAACGACGCACGGCAGAACAGCAUAGUGGCCCAGACCACAAUGAACUUAGUGAAUUUCCACAAU